AUGAGGCCGUAUGGCAUAUACGAGCCCAUCGAGGUGCGAUUUGGCAAUUCCGGGCAGGAGCCUACUUUGUUGAAGGAGGAUUCCAAGCCUGGGACACAGAAUGGGCUACGUUCACGAGUAGUUGUGGGUCUCGAAGCCGUUGUAACUUUCCUGUCUAAGGAAGACUUCGACGGAUACGCGCUCCCGGGUACAAUAUCAUUCUUUGGAGCUGUAUUCGGCGGAAUCCAUUGUGCAGCAUGGAAUGCAACUUUCCCAGAUACGAAUGGUCAACUGAUUUGGCGCUUCUGCUGUAUAGUCCUAAUAGGAUGCCCUGCAUUUUUUUCUUCAUUUCUUGUGAUUGAAGGCAAUGACAAGGAAUCACUUCGAUACAAAUUUUUCCAUACACUCUUCUCCGCCUUCUUUUCAGUGUAUGCAGUGGCACGGGUUCAUCUUAUUAUACUCAUCGCGUAUUCAUUCCGGAGUCUACCUGCUAAUGCUUAUACCGAAGUGAAAUGGGUAUCAUUCAUUCCGCAGUUUAGUUGA